AUGAAGUUGGCCGUAUUCAGCGCUAAAUCCUACGAUCGCACCUAUUUUGAUCAAGUGCGAGACAAGAACUUCUCCCAGUUAUGUACCAUCGAGUACCAUGCAUUCGCGCUAUCCGAGGAGACUGUGCCGCUAGCCCAAGGCUGCGAUGCCGUGUGCGUCUUCGUCAACGACACUCUAGAUGAGCGUGUAUUGCGCUCCCUCCACGCUUACAAGAUCCGCGCCAUCCUGCUCCGCUGCGCGGGAUUUAAUCAUGUCCAUCUCCCAACUGCCGAAGAACUAGGCCUCUUCGUGGCGAAUGUCCCGGCCUACUCCCCCGAGGCCGUGGCGGAGUUCGCCGUCGCUCUGAUCCAAACGCUGAACCGAAACACCCAUCGCGCAUACAAUCGUGUCCGGGAGGGCAAUUUCAACAUCGAAGGUCUGCUGGGGAAUACACUGCAUGGCAAGACCGUAGGGAUCGUCGGCGUGGGGCGCAUCGGGCUGGCAGCCGCGCGCAUCUUCCAUGGCUUCGGGUGCCGACUUCUCGCGCACGACCCCUUCGCCGGUGAAGAAUUCCGGCAGUACGGGACGCUAGUUGACCUGCCCACCCUGCUGAAGGAGAGCCACAUCGUGAGUCUCCACUGCCCUCUGACCGAGGGCACGAAGCAUCUCAUCAACGAGGAGACUUUGGCAUGCAUUCGACCGGGCUGCUUGCUCGUGAAUACCUCGCGUGGCGGACUCAUCGACAGCACCGCGGUUAUCCAGGCGUUGAAGACGAAGCAGCUGGGUGGGCUGGCGUUAGAUGUCUACGAAGCUGAAGGGGAACUUUUCUACAACGAUCACUCUGGGGAGAUCAUCGACGACGACGUGCUGAUGCGACUGACGACCUUCCAUAACGUUCUGAUCUGUUCCCAUCAGGGGUUCUUUACUCGCGAGGCACUCGAAGAGAUCGCCGAGGUGACACUCGGUAAUCUGUCCGAUUUCGUCUCGGCCCGCUCAUGCAAGAACUCUUUGGUCACGGAGGGACAUGUUCUAGUUCGCACUAACACAGAACCGGUGAGGCUUUGA